AUCAAUUACUACACGUCCAUAGUCUGUAAGUCUGUAGUCUUGUACUCUGUAGCAAAAAAAAAAUUUCUCUGUAUUUCACGCACACAAACACACUCAAAACCUUAGGUUUACUUACAACAUACUACAAUCUACAGUGUAUUCUGUGUAUUUUACUUAUUGUAAUAUAUAUAUAGUGUAUUAUACACUUAUACUUUAUUUGAGUACUGGUUACAAGUUUAAGUCUUUAAACAUUUUUGCGACAGCAUCAAGUAAAUAGUACAAAAAUGAUGGAGCGGAACCACACGUAAGAGUAACUUAUAAAACAAGCCACUGAACAAGAAAAACAACGCUAGAAUAGUUUUAGAAGAAUAAAAUAGAAAGUGUCUUCAUCACUAAUAAUCUAAACACUGAACGUCGACGUACAGAUACACUGUUUCCUGAUUAGAAUAAAAGAAAGAAGACGUCCAGUGUUGAGUAUUUUUGCUCUACAUUUUCCAUCCUUCUAAGUCAUGGCAAAAGGCAAAAAUAAGAAACGUAACCGGCAAAGUUCUAAUGCUCCUGUUCCACUUAAUGUUGGUGAUUCGUCAGAUUCGGGAGAAUUAAAAAGUCAACCAACAAACUUUCUUAAACAUCCUUGCACUCAUGUCAAAAAAGCAGUCAAUGUGAACAAUGUAAACAAAUGUUUACAAAAGAUUGUUGCACAGUGUUCUGAAUGUAAAAACAAAAACUUGGAAGAGUUAUACAUUUGUCUACAGUGUGGAUCAUUUCAUUGUUCUAAUCUUGACAUCAACCAUAUUCUUAAACAUCAGAAUACUCCAAGAAGUGAUUCUCAUUCCAUUGCUGUUAACAUAGGAAGUUUGAUAAUUAUAUGCAACGAUUGUGAAAAAGAAUUAUCAGUACUCAGCUCUAAAAAGUUACAAGUAAUAAUAAAUUCAAUCAAUCAUAUGAAACAAGUGCAAUCAAGUAAAAAUAAAAUGAAUGAUCUUCCAAUUCAAGGUUGUUCUACUGAAGCAGAUGCACAAUAUGAUAAAUUAAUUUCAGAAAGUUCUUCGAAAAAGUGCAAUGGAAUAAAUAAAUCUGAUGAUAAUGAUGCACCAUCUUUAAAAAAAACAUUUGAUCUAUCUGAAACUAGUAUUAACAAUGUUGAACGAUACAAAAGACCUAGGGGUUUAACCAAUUUAGGAAAUACAUGCUUUUAUAAUUCAGUUUUGCAAUGUCUUGCACAAACUCCAUUUUUAAGAAAAUUUUUACUUGACAUAAGUGAAUCUGGUGAACCAAUGACCAUAAAACUAGAUAAUGAAGAUAUUACUGUGCAUCAAGAAAAAUGGAGUUCAUUAACUGAAAACCUGUACAACACUCUACAAGAAAUAACAAAUGAACGUGAAUCAACGUUUACGCCUAGUGCACUUUUAGAUUCAUUAAGAAAAAAAUGCAAAAUGUUUAUUGGCUACAGUCAGCACGAUUCUCAUGAACUUUUACGUCAUCUUUUGGACUCUGUGCGUGAUGAUGACUUGAAGCGUUAUAAAAAAACAAUUGUUCAUCAUUAUGGUUUAUCAAUGAAUGUUGAACCAAGUGAAGUGGAUGAAAAAAAAACUGCAAAAAUUAAAGAGCUUGGUAAAAAACUACAAGGUGUUCUUUUACGUCCUGAUCAUGUAUUCAAAGGUGAACUUUUGAGUGUUGUUCAAUGUCAAACUUGUGGUUACAAAUCAGAAGUUACAGAAAGUUUCCUGGACUUAAGUUUACCAAUCGCUGUUGAUAAGAAUCAUCCAUUAUCAUUUCCACGUAAAAAAGAUAAUGAUGUUUUUAAUCAAUCUAAGCAUCAAACCAAAAAAGAACGUAAAUUAGCAUUAAAACAAGGAAGACGAAAAAAACACGAGCACAAACAAUUUACCAAUAAAAUGCAAGAUACAUUAGCUGUGAAUAAUGAUGCAGACAUAGAAGAUAAUAUGGAAAUUGAAACAAAUGAAGUAGAAAUGUCUGUUUGGAAGAAUGAAAACAAAGAAAAUCCAGAGUCUGGAUAUGGUUCAGAAAAGCAACCAUCUAAUGUUACAAGUCCUUCUCUAAGUAUUACAGAACUUACAACAUUAAUGAAUAACACUCCAUUGGCUGAUCCUGACCGACAAAUGGAUGCUGAUCAAAUCUUAGAUUCUGAAAAACCCAUGGAUUUGGAUUCAGUAUUACAUGGCAGUCCUGUUAAUAGCCCAAGUUCACCUCAAGGGUCAUCACUUGAUUCCAUGCGUGCAAAUGUUAGUCCAGAUUACAUGGAUGUGGGGACAGAUAGUGCAAAUGAGAAUCAGGAACGUAACAAUCCUACACCAAAUGUUAGUGAUAACAAUAGUGAUGGACUAUUUGAUGAUUCAAAAAGUGAAGAAGAUUUAGAGGAUGAAGAAGAAGGCGAAUUUUCUCAAGAAUGUCCACAAGCUACAUUGCAACCUCGGCCAAAAUGUAAAGAUAGCGAGUGCUCAGUGUUGACUUGUCUUAAUCAAUUUACUGCCUCUGAAAUAAUGACCGGUAAUAAUAAAGUUUCAUGUGAGCGAUGUACUGAACAACAUAAAAAAAAAACAAAUGAAGAUAAGACAAUUUAUCGUCAGAGUACCAAACAAAUGUUAAUUAGUUCUCCUCCAGCUAUUUUAAUAUUGCAUUUAAAACGAUUUCAAAUGUGUUAUUCAACUACACGUAAAAUGACAAGAGAUGUAUCAUUUCAAUGGGUUUUGGAUAUUGCUCCUUACUGCUCUGUUAAAUGUCAAAACAAGUUAAGCCCAGGUCAAAACCGAAUAUUAUACUCUCUUUAUGGUGUAGUGGAACAUAAUGGAUUUUUGCAUAGUGGUCAUUAUCUUUCAUAUGUAAAAGUCAGGGAUUCAGUUAAAGAUGAUAGCUAUCGAUAUUCAUUUUUAGAAGGCAGUAAAACCAAACCACCUAAAGUUAUCGAUGGCAAUGAUGAUCCUUCACAUUUAGCUCCAAAUGGUACCUGGUAUUGUGUUAGUGAUAGUAUGGUUAGACAAGUAACACCUAACGUUGUACAAAACUGUCAAGCUUACUUAUUGUUUUAUGAACGAAUUUUAUAAUACUGUUUAUGUAUAUGUAUUUAUUUAUAUAUAAUAUAUUAUUGUC